AAUUUAGUUUUAACUCUAUUCAACUUUAAAAAUAUUAAUAUAUAUAUAUUGUAAUAAUAGUUUUAUUUUUUAAUUUUAAAAUUAAAUAAUUAAAAUAAAAUGGUAGAUCUUCAAAAAGUUUUAAAUGCUAAAUUUAAUAAAUAUGAAUAUCAUCUUACUACAAAACAAGUUUCUUUAUAUGCAUUGAGUAUUGGUUGUGGUAGAAAAGAUUUAAAAUAUGUCUACGAAGGGUCACACGACUUUUCAGCAUUACCAACUAUAGGUGUAAUUUUUCCAGGUCAAAUUAUUGUAGAUAUUAUUAGUGAAGGUAUUCCAGGAUUAGAAUUUGAUCCAAUGAUGUUAUUACAUGGUGAACAAUAUUUAGAAAUUAAAAAUCCAAUUCCAACACAAGGUAUUUUUGAAACAGAAACAAAGAUCACCGGUUUAUAUGACAAGGGUAAGGGUGCAUUAUUACUUUUCGAUUGUCUUACCUCUGACAAGUCAAAUGGAAAACCAAUCUUUUUAAAUAGAUUUUCAUUUUAUAUUAGAGGUAUUGGUGGCUUUGGUGGACCAAAACAACCAGUAGAAAAAACUGAAAAAAUUCCACAACGUAAACCAGAUGCAACCUUUUCACAAAAAACCACUGAAGAUCAAGCUGCUAUUUAUCGUUUAGCUGGUGGUGAUCUCAACCCAUUACAUAUUGACCCAGAAAUGAGUAAAAUUGGUGGUUUCAAAGUUCCAAUUUUACAUGGUUUAUGUACAUUUGGUAUUGCUAGUAGAGGUGUUGUUGAACAUUUUUGUGGUAAUGAUCCAAGUAAAUUAAAGAAUAUUAGAGUUCGUUUUAGUAAUAUUGUUUAUCCAGGUGAAACUAUUGAAAGUGAAUAUUGGAAAGUUGACGAUAAAGUUUUAUUCCAAUCAAAAACAAGCAGAGAUGGUAGUUUAGUUUUAACAAAUGGUAUAGCCACAAUUGGUUCAUCAACAAAUAGUUCAUUAUAA